AGUAGAGUGUAGCUUCGACGGGAUCUCCAAGAUGUCCAAGGCGAAGGCUGCACCCCCUCCUGGGUGCACUCUGAACAUCAACGAUCCUCAGGUCCAGGAGGCUGCCAUCCGAAUUCAAGCCUCAUAUCGUGGCCACAGGUCACGUAAAGAGCUGCGGGAGAAAGGCCCUCCCAAGAUCCUGCAGGAGCUCAAAGAUGUGGUUCUUGUUGAGGGCAGCGCUGCAAAGCUCGAGUGCAGAGUUAGUGCGUUCCCAGACCCUUUCAUCGUCUGGUACAAGGAUGGCAAAGAGCUAAAAGAUGGCCCCAAGUACCGCUAUGUUUUUGAAGACCCAGACUUUGUGGCGCUCGUGGUUCGAGAUGGGGUUCUGGCUGAUCUGGGAAAAUACAGUGUUACCAUUAAAAAUCCUUUUGGACAAACAUCAGGAUCUGCCUGUAUUCUAGUGGAAGUCCCUGCUAAAGUCUCUAAAGGUCCAGACAACCUCAAAGCCAAGAGAGGAACAACAGUGAUGCUUAAGGCUGAGAUAAGUGGGGAGCCUCCUCCAGAUGUUGCCUGGCUGAAAGACGGAGAUGACAUUGAAGAAGAUGACAGGGUAUUCUUCGACAUUGGAGACACUAACACGAUCUUGACCAUCAAGAAUGCAAAGUUGUCUGAUGCUGGCAAGUAUGAGGUGUUUGUGGAGAACAAUCUGGGCACAGACCAGUCCUUUGCUCGUGUCGACAUCCUCUGAUGUAAUGUCUCUACUGCAACGCUAAUGUGAUGAUCCUUUGUUCUUAUAAAGUGCAAUCCGACUGACAAUGUACUGUAAUAAUG